AUGGGCCAGUGCGUCACCAAGUGCAAGAACCCGACUUCCUCGCUGGGCAGCAAGAGCGGCGACAAGGACAGCGGCUCUAAGUCCCACAAGAAAAGCGGCUGCUCGGCCGCUGGCCACAAGGACGAAGCGGGCGCCCCGUGCGGCAAACCCGUCACCGAGCUGUCCAACGGCACCAAGGCCCCCGAGGUUUCCGCCGAGACGCCCGUCAUCUCGGCCGUGAUGGGAGGAGAGCCGUGCCGGGAGGAGCGCCCGGACGCCGACGGGCUGUCGCUCGAACUCAUCGAGGAGCUUUUCUCCUGCUACAAGGACGAGCGGGAGGACGCCAUCCUGGAGGAAGGCAUGGAGCGGUUCUGCAACGACCUGUGCGUGGACCCGGCUGAGUUCCGCGUUCUGGUGCUCGCGUGGAAGUUCCAGGCCGCCACCAUGUGCAAGUUUACCAGGAAGGAGUUUGUUGAGGGCUGCAAGGCCAUCCAGGCGGACAGCCUUGAAGGCAUCUGCUCCCGCUUCCCCUGCAUGCUUCUGGAAGCCCAGGGCGAGGAGAGCUUCAAGGACCUGUACCGCUUCACUUUCCAGUUCGGCCUGGACGCCGACGAGGGCCAGCGCUCGCUUCAGCGGGACAUCGCCAUCGCGCUCUGGCGCCUGGUCUUCACCCAGGACAUGCCUUCCAUUCUGGAGCACUGGCUGGACUUCCUGGCAGAGAACCCGCCGGGCAUCCGCGGCAUCUCCAGGGACACCUGGAACAUGUUCCUCAACUUCACGCAGGCCAUCGGGCCCGACCUCAGCAACUACAGCGAGGACGAAGCCUGGCCGAGUCUUUUCGACACAUUCGUCGAGUGGGAAUUGGAGCGCCGGAAACGGGAAGAAGGCGGUCUGCCGCCCGUCCAAGCCGAGCACUCUCAAAUGGACGACGGACGCCAAUCACAGACGUGGGGGGGCCAAUAA